AUGGACAAUGAUCUGCCAUGUGCCUGUCAUGGUCAUACUCCAACACUGCAAACACUCGAAAUUCUUGUUGGAAAAUGGCAGAAGGACUGGGGGUCAGAAAAUACUACGUGGAAUGAGGUAUUCGAUACUGAACUUGCAUGCUCACAUGCAAAGGGAGAAUGGGCCACCGCUAUAUUCCUUGAUGAAGUUGCACAAUGGGCUACAGAUGGGAGGACUCUACUGGAAAGUAUUCGGGACAUCAUGUACACACACUGCCCAUAUUGCAGGGAGUGCCUUAAGUAUGAUAGCAUCUUACUGUAUGACUUACUGGUUUCCAUCAUUUCAGAGGUAAAAUUCUUCGAGGUCAAACUAGAUAUAUGUAACUAG